GUUUGUGUUUGUGUGUGUGUAGUUGGUGGGGUCAACGUUCGUCCAGUUUGGGCCAAAUGUUCGGGUCAACUCCGACUUUGUGUGUGUGAGUAAGCGAGCGUGUGUUUGUGUACGCCGAGUCUAAAGCUGCGUCCUUCCAGCAGCAAUGAGUGUUUGGCAGCAGGAGAGCCGGUGGGUAUACGACGUUCCCAGUGUGACCGGCUGGGAGGAGUGGCGGCCGUGGAUAGAAGGGCAUAACUGGCAGGGUGCGGUCACAGCUUGCGACUGGUCUUGUGGAUUACUUCAAUUCCCAAUUCAGCCAGAGACAGGGACUCAUUCAAAGGCGACCGCGGAAGCACGAACUGCCACGAGGAUACCCCUUUGACAGCUCACUGUCAACCUCACGCCACCGGCUCUCCAGAGAGAACACACACACGUGCGGCUGCUCGGGCUUAUCGUUAAAUAAAUGGACUUUCCUGCUCGCGCUCAUUUACGUGUUUUACUCCAGAGACUGAAGUUUCGAGGCGUUUGGCCACCGGACACUCGGUGUCACAGAAUCUCCGCUCGGGCGACUUCAUUCCCAGUUACAUGACUGCCUUCACGUUGACAUUUGCGAGCGAACGUUUUUACGCACCGAUAAUGACGCGGAUCAAGGUGAUACAAAAUUAAAGGUUUUAUCCUCCACCCCCCACCAUCUACCCCGUGGGGGGAAUAAGGAGGGGGACGAGGGGUAUUUUCAAACUCCACGGCGACCUGUGCCACCUUACCACUCCCUACCGGAGUGCUCGGCGCUGAGGGUGGAAUGCGGCUCCAAGUGCUUUUGGGGGUGUUCAGCGUCUGCGCCCUGGCUUUCUCACCUGUAGCGGAGGGCUGUGGACCAGGGAAGGGAUAUGGAAGGAGGCGUCCGCCGCCGAAACUCACACCCCUCGCCCUGAAGCAGUUUAGUCCGAACGUGGCCGAGAAGACGCUGGGAGCCAGCGGCAGAUACGAAGGGAAAAUAACCCGGAAUUCUGAGCGAUUUAAAGAACUCACACCUAACUACAAUCCUGACAUUAUCUUUAAAGAUGAGGAGAACACGGGGGCGGAUCGGUUGAUGACACAGCGCUGCAAGGACAAGCUGAACGCGCUGGCCAUCUCGGUCAUGAACAUGUGGCCGGGGGUGAACCUGCGGGUGACGGAGGGCUGGGAUGAGGACGGCCACCACUCCGACGACUCGCUGCACUACGAGGGCCGUGCCGUGGACAUCACCACGUCCGACCGCGACCGCAACAAGUACGCCAUGCUGGCUCGCCUGGCCGUGGAGGCCGGCUUCGACUGGGUCUACUACGAGUCCAAGGGACACGUCCACUGCAGCGUCAAGUCUGAACACUCGGUGGCAGCAAAGACCGGUGGUUGUUUCCCCGGUAACUCCCUGGUGACAGUGGAGGGCGGUGUAAAGAAGCUGAUGCGCGACCUUCGACCCGGGGAGCGCAUCCUAGCCUCGUCUGGCAGCGACGGCGGCGGCGAGCUGCUCUACAGCGAAGUCGUGACCUUUCUGGACCGGCAGCCGCGCGCCCGCAAGACCUUCUACACGCUGGGCACGGCACAGGGCGCCAACCUCACCCUCACGGCCGCCCACCUGGUGUUCGUCACGGACGCUGCCCGCUGCUCACGCAGCACGCUCACCGAGGCCUUUGCCAGCGACGUGCGGCCCGGACAGUGCGUCCUCACCGCCUCAAGCCGAGGGGAGGAGGAGGAGGAGGAGGAGAAGGGGGAGGAGGAAGAGGGGUCCCCUUUGCAAGCGAAGAAGGUGGCCCGUAGGGGACGCCUGGCGCGGGUCACGUGGGUCGAGGUGCGCGAGGAGACGGGCGCGUUCGCCCCCCUCACGCGCCACGGGACGCUGGUGGUGGACGACGUGCUGGCGUCCUGCUACGCCGCCGUGGACCAGCAGUGGCUGGCGCACUGGGCACUGGCCCCGCUGCGGGCGCUGCACAGACUGGCAGGGCCGAGCGCGGGCACGGGGACGGGCACACACUGGUACGCCUGGCUCCUACACCGGCUCGGCUCAGCCCUGCUGGACUCAUCUCACUUUCACCCCUGGGGGAUGGCCGCCGACGGAUGAGAGAACGGAAGAGGAGAGAGAGAGAGAGAGGGAGAACGAGAGAGAGAGAGACGGAGAGACAAAGUCAGGGCAAAUGGAAGAGAGGAAAGAAAAACACUGAAAGACUCAAUGAAGAGGCUCAGUGAUGAAAUGGCACAGAGAUGGACUAGUAAACGAGAGGAAGAGUGUGAAUGGUGAAAAUAUGGACAGAGUGAUGGAUUUAAGAAACAAGUGAAAGGAGAGAAAAAGAAAGAAUGAAGGGACAAAAAAAGAUAGAAAGGUGAUGUAGUUGUGUGUCAAACACAAUGACCGGACAAAAAGGGACAAGUUGUGGAUAUGGUGAAAAAGAGGGCAGCCACAUAUGUGCUGGACUAUGGGGCCCAAGCAGACACCUGACUCAGGAAACUCCCCUGACACACAUCUGGAUUGAGUCUGUUGGAUCAUAGCCAGACCUGCACCAGCCCCUCUCCACUCUCUCUCACACACACACAAGCGUGCACACAUAAAUACAGAAGACACACACACACACACACACACACACACACACACACACACACACACACACACACACACAGAGAGACAGAUGAACACAGGGAAGAGGCUCACUGGAGGUUUUUGAUGCCAUUGAUGAUUUCUAACAGCAGUCUGUUAUUUUUUUUAGAAGGGUCUACCAAUAACACUACAUAAUGUGUUUGAAUACUGCUGUUGUUUGUGUUUGUUUGUUGUUGUUGGUUUGUUUAUUUGUUUUCUAGAAAGGUGUACAAAAAAGCAGCUGACUCUGGUAAUAUAUUAUUUAAACUCAGCUGCUGCUCAGUGGGUGUCGGAUUAUGAAGCCCAUAGAGUUAGAGAUUAAGGCUUCCAUUCUAUAGUCUACACUGGAAGGAAAGUGCUUACACACACGCACGCACGCACACACACACACACACUCACAAACACACACACACACGCACACACACACACACACACACACACACACACACACAUACACACACACACACACACAGCUUUUUGUAAACUGAUUUGCAUGCACAAACACAUGAUGAAAAAUAGUGAAGGAAAUACUCAUUCAUAGUGCAUCACUCUAUGUUACUCAGCCCAGAGGGUAUA